AUGGCCACAAAGUCCUUCAAACUCGCCCGGGUGCGGUGCGCGCUGACCGGCCACGAGCUGCCCUGCCGCCUGCCGGAGCUCCAGGUCUACACCCGCGGCAAGAAGUACCAGCGGCUGGUCCGCACCAACCCGGCCUUCGACUACGCCGAGUUCGAGCCGCACGUCGUGCCCAGCACCAAGAACCCGCGCCAGCUGUUCUGCCGGCUCACCCUGCGCCACAUCAACAGGGACCCCGCGCACGUGCAGAGGCACACCCAGGGCCGGCGCUUCCAGCGCGCGCUGCGCCAGUAUGACGAGUGCCAGAAGCAGGGCGUGGAGUACGUGCCCGCCUGCCUCCUGCACAAGAGGAAGAGGAGGAGAGAAGGGCAGGCGGACGGCGAGGGGCCACCGGGCCCCGGAACCGCCUUCUGGGAACCCGCGUCCAGCGACGACGACGCCGCCCCCAGUGACAGCGACGACAGCAUGACAGACCUGUACCCACCUGAGCUAUUCACCAAAAAGGACCUGGGAGACACAGAGGGCAGCGCUGAGACCUUUCAGGCAGAUGGCGGCAGGGGGCCCAGGCGCCCACGAGAGAAGGCCCCUGGGGUCAGCGAGGGGACAGGAGUGUGCCCCAAGCGCAGGAAGCAGCAGUUGGGCGCCUCCCAGAAGCUGAGACGCCGUGGCCGUGGCCGCACCCCUCCGCGCGGCGUGGCCCUCAAGCAGGCGGGUUAGUAGAGGUCGCCCAGACGCCCGGAGGCCCGCGACCGCCUGCCCGCCCGGCUGCCCGAGGCGUCCUUCCUGCUGGCCAGGACCCAGCGCUCGUGCACCGCUCCCAGGUGCUGCCCGGAGACAAGCAGGGCCGUUCCUCAGAAGUCGGGUUCCCCCACACACUCGGGGGGCAACAGGGACCCCAAGAACCGCCUGGACGUGGCUUCCAAGGUCUUCAUCACGCGAGGGCCUAAGUGCGGCCGACUGCGCCUUGGGGCGCGCGGGCCCCGUGCCGGGGCUGCACCACCCGACAGAUGCCGCCAUUUGUCUGGACUUUCCCGAGUCGGUUUCCAUACGUAACCAAGGCAAAAUACAGCGUAGGAGGGGACCUGCGCCUCUUCCCCACACCAA